AUGAACCAGAAACGCGGAGAUGGAUCCUGCAACCAAGGAAAGGCGGAGAAAAGUUUAGUAGCCCGAGACCACCAGUGGCAAGACUAUAAACUCCCGAUGAAACAAAACAAUACAGUAAUUGGUGCAGGAAAUGUUUGGCAAGAAAAUAAUGGGCCAAAAGUGGGAUUGGCAACCCCCGGGGUCCCGACGAUAAAGGACGCCCUAGAGGCGGGAGGAAAGGGGUUCCGCAAAAUGGCCACUAUAGAAUGCACAGGGCACGGAUGGAAGUUGGAGCCGGCUGGGAGAGCGUCACGUGAUACACCUGGCGCCGAGCUUGGCAAUAUCCGACGAUGGGCGGUGUUUGAAGCCCCAGCGGACGGUGAGGAUAUAUAUGUUGACCAUAGCCAUUGGGCAAUAUCCGACAAUGACGGUUCACCAGCCACUCUGCCCGCUAGCCAGCCACUAUCUCUAUUUCUCUCGUUCAACCGUCCAGAGGAACAGACAAAACGAAGAACCACAAACACCUCUUCAUCCCCCAAUACUCUAUACAGCACAACACCCAUAAGGUGUUCAACGAACGCCAAGGCUAUCUCCACCACCGGCGGUGCAGUAUCUUGGCUUAGAAACUUUACUCUGAAUGGCAUAGCGCAAGCAAAGAAACUCCCGCUGACGCCGCUGAACGAGCCUAAUCGCCUCGCUGAUGCUGCGCUUUCGAACUGCCGGACCAUCAUGAAAGCUGCAGCGCCCGGUUAUCUGAUCUCCUUCCUACUUCCCUGA